AUGGCUCCUAAAAUGAACUCCCGACAUGGCACAAACCACUACGUCGACCUGUUUGAUGGCCUCCACCAGGCUCCGGUGAUCGGGAAACGAGCCCUCGAGCAGGCGGGCUCCCUGCCUCUUGAACUCCAGCAACACCUGCAGCUUGUCGAUGUCCAGCCCAAUCUCCGGCCGCCGGAGAACGUACGUGGGGUGGCCCUCCGCCAGGCUGGCCUUGACGAGCCUCCUCCCAAUGUAGCCGGUCCCACCCACCACCAGAAUCUUGCUUUUCGCCAUCUUUUUUGUGGACCUUCGCUAACUUUUGAGACGAACUUUAGCCUUAGGGAGUUGGUUUUUGAUGAUAUGCUUAGAGCCAUGAAGUUGGUUUUGUUUAGUACUGUGGGUUUUCAACAUCUGAAACUCGAUCUUUGA